AUGUCUAUGGCUCAACGUAGUCUUCUUGAUACAAUUGCUGCUGAAGGUGUUCAUUUCGCAUUAUGGUCAUCUAUAAUGAGUGUUGGCGGUGGUUUAGGUGAAAUUUUUGUUAAUCAUGAUGCUCGUAUGCAUAUUGCUGGUGAACAUGCAAUACCACAAUUAAUUGAAGCACAUAAUCGAUCAAAAUAUUUAACAAAUUUAAUGUUAAUUGUAAGUGGUGUUUCAGGUGCAUUAGCUUAUCAACAAACAAAAGAUAAUUACUGGCUUAUUGGUUCAGGUUUAAUGCUUGCUGGAAUUCCAUAUUGUGCACUAGUUGAAUAUCCAGUUGCCGAACAACUAAAAUUUUUAACACUUGAUGCUAAAUCAGAAAAAGCUAAAACAUUAUUAGCUUCAUGGGGUGGAAUUCAGCUCGGUAAAUUAGCAUUAGCCGUCGGUGGAGCUACAAUUUUUUAUUGGUUUGCUCGUCGUUAA